AUGGGGAAUCCAAGUGGCCACGUCGCUGACAGCGACGUGGUUACCAAACGACGAAUGACGACCAUGUCAUCAUUCGUCGUUCUUGUCUGCGUUAUCGCGGUGAGCACAACCCGCCCCAUUUUCAUCCCAAACCACAUUGCUAACAAAUGCCACGAUUGCCACGUCCUUACAAACAACAACAACAUCACCAUGAAGGCCAUGACCACACGAAAACCUGCUGCCAACCAUACUGCUGCUCUACCUGUUGUGCCCACCAAACCCAAGUCCACCAGCCGGAAGCGACAACAAUCCAAUGCUGACGAGUCAGCUACCAAACACAUCAAGACUGUUGGGAAUGAUGGUGAAGAUGAUGUUGAUGAUGCUGCCAUUGCUGUGGAGGAGGAAAAUGAUGCAGAGAAAGGGGGGAAGAAGGGGAAGAAGGGGAGGAAGACUGGGGAAAGGAAGAAAACUGGGGCCAAGGGGAAAAACACCUCCCUCACCACUUGCAGUAGGAAGACAUGGGCUGAUCGUCAGCAUGAAGACACAAUUGAGAAUGCCAAGGGCACUCCUGCUCAUCUUCAGCCGAUUGAGCGAAAGCUACUUGCUGCGGGCACCUCUGUUGCACCUCCUGAACGCCCUGCUCAUUCACAUGUUGGUUCUGUGCUGCCUCCUGGACCUACUGUUUCUAGCAGUCGUACUCGUGUUGAUCGUGAACCUGAGCUGACUGCUGCAAAGAUUGAUACUACCUCUGACAAUGAUGCUAGUAAUAAUUCUCGGUCUCAGGCUGUCAGUGGGGAUUAUAGUGACUCUGACUCUGAUAAUGAUACUGGUGGCCAGAGUGCCAAGAUUAUGUCUGCUACUGUUCGCAUAGGUCCACCUUCUAGAGCUAAGCGAACUCAGCCCAGUGAACCUAUCACUGCUACUGUUGAUGCUUCUGAUGAUAGUAUUUUGGAUGUGAAAAUGCACAGUCCUCCUCAUGGACAGUCAUCUCAGCGUGGCCGGGCCCGCAUUGUUAAGGCUAUUGGAGGUUCUAGUGGUUCUCAAUUAGUUAGAUCUAGUGGAGCAUCUAAACCAUAUGGAGCCACUAUUCGUGGCAGGGCUCUUGGAAAUGCCCCAAACAUCGGUGAUUUUGAUGCAGCUGGGGAUGACACUUCUAUUGAUAUUGAGGGCACUGUCAACUUAUUCCCUUCCGAUACCCGACCCACCACUGUAGAUAUUUAUGAAACAGCUGUCAUCGCAGUUACAAUUCCAUUUGAAGGGGCUUUGGCACCCCUUCUUCAACAUGUUGCAAAGUAUUAUUCUCCAAUGUCCGAUAACAAUGAUCGUGUAUAUAUUUUGGAUCAGCAGAAAUGCAAAUGGAUAGUCAAGGGUAGAUUUAGGGAUGCUUUGGCAUUUCAAGAUUCAGUGGUUCACUUGUGGCAAAAAACUGAAUUUGGGCCAACUCUAACCAUUUUUCUUGAAUCUGAUCCUGAGGUUGCUUCAGCUAUUCCCCCAUCUUUUCUCUCCCAUCGCUCCAGUUCUUUGUCAAAGUCUCAUUCUAGGUCAUCUCGUUCUCCUUCCUUGCCUGCUGCAGUUCGCCAGUCUUUGUUGAUAUCUGGCCAAUCGAGUGGCCGAGUAGCUUCUGAGGCCAAGAGUGGGCUGACCAUCUUACUGAACAUGGUCUUGAACACUGGUUUCCUGUCUUCGUUGACUUGGUUUCCUGUCUUCAUCGCAAAAAGUCAAUUUUACUCCAGCUGGAAGGCAUUAUUCAGCUGUGCCCAAAAUUAUCCACAGAUGAAAGCAUGGCUUGAUGCCAGCUCAGAUGCUGAAUCUGAAUCGGAAGUUUGGGCUGAGACCAAAGAUCCUGAUCAUUACACUAUUGUGGACUUGGCAGAAUGGCUCAAAAGAAAAGAUGUGGUGAAGGGAAAGAGGUCGGCUGCUACUAGUUCAGGUGCUGGAAAGAAGUCAGGUGUUAAACAGGAGAAAAGGAAGAAGGAGAGGAAGGAGUCUUUGGAGGAAUCAGAUGAGUCAUCUGGAGGGAAAAAGUUGAAGUUGAAGUCAAAGCUCUGUUUGGUUUUCCCUUGUGGCUCUUUCUUGGUUGACUCGCUUUGGUCUUAUGACACUCUCUAUGUUGAGUCAACAUUGGAUUAUAAUCUGGCUUUUGAUAUGGUUUCAGAUGGCAUCAUUAAUAUAUCUUUUUCUGCAUUUAAUCAAAUUAUUGAAUCAACCUUUGGAUCUAACAUCUCUUUGGCAACUGUCUUGACCCUUUUAUGCACAAUUACAGAAAACGUGGACUUGUUGAAUCUCUAUUUUCGACAGCAACACCCAGAAUUCCAAGGUGAAAACAAGACUCAGACCACUGGAUGGAUGAUUGCUUUAGCUAGGGCAUUGAUUGAUCAAUUGGGCUCCACAGCUAUUUUCUUAUAUAAUGAUGAAGACGAGGAUGAUUCAACCCCCCAUGACAAGGUCAAGCUGGUUGCAGGAAAGCUUAAUGAUAUGGCUGUCAAAUUGAAUUUAACUCCAUAUGAUGACCAAGAUGCUUACAUGGGAAAGCUACUUCCUGUUUCCCAGAAAGCUAUUCAGCCUGUUCAUAUGAUAUGUCCAGGAUCACUAGUGUGUGGAACAGCAACAUAUCAUGAACGAUUUUUUCAUGAGUUUGGUGGAGCUAAGCAACCAAAGCGAGUUUACCUCAACUCAGCAAACUUCCAUGGCUCUGCUUCUGCAUAUUCACAAUAUUGGAAUGUUACCUAUGGAACAAAGUCAACAAAUCUAUCCCGUGCUCACAUUUGGCAGGCCUUUGUACAAGAUUCUUUGUGCACAAUUGCAGCAGAAUCCAAGAUUGACCUAGAACUCAAUGAUCCUUUGAACAUAACAGAAGUCACCACACAGGCAUUUGAUCUUUUAGGGGAACAGGGAAUUAUCAGAGCAGCAGAUCAGCAUGCAUGCAGUGAAUGUAGUCAGCCAUAUAAAAAAGCUAGUGAUGCUGUUAUGAAUGAUCCUGCAGCUGUAGUGGGAGUUGAUGAAAAUCAAGCUGUACCACCCUUGGCAGAAGAUAACAGAGUUCCACCACAACCACACCCAGCAUCUCCUACCUCUCAGGAUAACUCUGAUGAUGAUAUGGAUGUUGACAAAAGAAAUGUCACAAUGGUUGUACUUGAUGGAGUUGUUAUGGGACCAACAGUGAAUCAUUUAAAGCAUUGUGCAAUUGAUGAUUGUAAUAUGGGUCCUGAUGCCUUGUAUUCAGAGAAUGUUACAAAGGCCUGGGGAAGCUCAACCUUGGAAUCCACAAAGAAGAGGACCAAACCCACAGUGCCAUGA